AUGGAGGGCAGUACGUGCAGUCGUCGAUCCGUAUCGAGCUUCCUUGUACAAGACUUUAAAGUGUUUGAAAUUGUCAUGUACAGUGUAGCAUAUAACAGAAUGGCAUGGAUUGUAUUUGUCUUCAUUUUGGAAUCAGUUUCCGCCCAGUACCUUUCAUACGGAUGCUAUCCUGAGCCACUGGAGGUGUCAUGUUCUACUGGUCAAAUACAUCCGUUAUCUGUGAGUGUAGGGGCCAUUGUCUCCUCCCAGGAUUGUCCAAAAACGUACCUAAAGGCCAUGCCAGGAUCAGACGUAGACGAUAUCUGCAUUGAAGACGAACUCAGCCCUGAACAAUCUUAUACUUACCAUGAAAACUGCAUAGGGCAGACAAGCUGCUCUCCCAAUGCAACAGAGGCAAAUUUAUCUCACUGUAGCGGAAGCAUGUCUACAAAUCUCACAACGCUUAUGGAAAUGGAAUAUGAAUGCAUUGCAAAAACAAUGAUCAUCACACUAGGAAGCGAUAGAAAUGUCAACAAAACCUCCGAUACGGGUGGAUCGUUGCAUCUCCAAGGAAACAGCUAUGUAAGAGAAGGAAGAAACACUCAAACAAAUGGUUUUCAGCAGUCUUGCUCUAUCUGUUCGUCAGCCAAUACCAGUAUAAUAGAAUUAGAAGUCUUAGAUCUACGCUUGUCUAGUGACAACAAUGGAUGUACUCAGACGAUUACUCUUGAUAAUGGAACGGACAUUAUAAGUGUAACUUGCAAAAAUAACACAAAUUUUACCAAAGAUUUUGUUUUCCCAACAAACACCAGCUGCUUGACGCUAACUGUUUCCAACUCAAGUGGAGGUGGAUACUUCUGGUUUAAAUUUACGAAUGCAGAUACGAUCAGAGAAUCUAUACGUAUUGAAUGCUCUCCAGUAGUAGCUACUCCAACAAUUACAUCGCCACUGACAUCUGGACAUGAAUCGCACUCGUGCCUUGUCAUUAUCCUUGGUGUUGUGUUUGGUCUGGGUCUUCUUCUCCUCUCUUUUUUGAUUGUUGCCAUUGCUUGUAAGUGGAAAAAGCCCUUGUUCAUAUCAAGACACUGUAAGCCUGGGAAACAAAAUAUCGUUCAUCCAGUUUCUGCAACAGAAAUGGAAGAAGGGGAUGGAAAAGAUUGGGUUGUUGAAAAUUCCAGAAUGGAAAAGCAAAAUGAUGAAGUACUUUUGAGAAACCAAGACAUCAUGCACACGACAGAAUACAAUGAUAACACGUAUGAAUUACAAGUAAAUAGGAAUGUUGUAAAACUGGAACCCAUAACAAAGAGUCGAAGAAAGAAAAGAAAGAAAAAGAAAAAGAAACACAAGGAAUCUAUGAUGGAGGAACGGAAUGAUUGUGUUCUAAGUGGAGACGGAGAAAAACAAUAAAAAGACAUUAGCUUUCUACGAUUAUAGGAUUAAUUUCAGUGAUGAAAAGUUUUUAUUUAUAUUCUUCCAUAACCUCUUAGUGGCGGAUUUCUCAAACUCUGAAGCUCUUGUCGAAAGAGAUGGGAAAAUUGUGAUAAACAAGAGCAGCAGGAAGGAUUUAUCUACCUUAUUUAACUUUUGUACUUCCCGAGGUGAACCUCGAGUUUCCAGACAUUUCCAUACAUUGGUAAAUGUGAAUGAUCGAAGCAAAUAUUGGACGACGUUAAAACUUUAAAUCUAAAUGUUGACAAUUACUUUGUACAUGUAUGAUUAAAAUGAAUGGAGCGAAUCCUUCAGCGUGUGUUAUCCUCCAUCUAUUUUUACCCGACAUUUGAAAAAAAAUAAAACUUUGAUAUAUGCAAUA